AUGGUUCUGAAUGUGACAGUUCAGUACACCCAGGACAAUGGCGCGGUCAUCCCCGUGCGCAUCCACACCAUCGUCAUCUCUGUACAGCACAACGAGGACAUAACCCUGGAGGACAUGCGCAAGGCUCUGAAGGAGCAGGUGAUCAAGGCUGUGGUGCCCGCCAAGUACCUGGACGAAGACACCAUUUACCACCUGCAGCCCAGCGGGCGGUUUGUCAUUGGCGGUCCCCAGGGGGACGCGGGCGUCACUGGCCGUAAGAUUAUCGUGGACACCUAUGGCGGCUGGGGGGCGCACGGUGGCGGGGCCUUCUCUGGGAAGGACUACACCAAGGUGGACCGCUCGGCGGCGUACGCAGCCCGCUGGGUGGCCAAGUCCCUGGUGAAAGCGGGGCUCUGCCGGAGAGUGCUCGUGCAGGUUUCCUAUGCCAUUGGUGUGGCUGAGCCACUGUCCAUUUCCAUCUUCACCUACGGAACCUCUCAGAAGACAGAGAGAGAGCUGUUAGAUGUGGUCAGUAAGAACUUUGACCUUCGGCCCGGUGUCAUCGUCAGGGAUUUGGAUUUGAAGAAGCCCAUCUACCAGAAGACGGCGUGCUAUGGCCAUUUCGGAAGAAGCGAGUUCCCGUGGGAAAUUCCCAAGAAGCUUGUGUUUUAGAGCUGGUGGGAGCGGGGCCGAGCCUGGCCCUGGAGGCGUCUGGAUGGCCUGCUUCCUCUUCUUCAGCAUCCCAGCUCUCACAUGUCCCAGACCCAGGGCUCUGACUGCCCUCCUAGGGAGUGCCUUCCCACCCCCCACCCCCUCCUGGACCAAGCCACACCCCUAGGGUUAGCCUUGUGUUGUCAUCACUGUGAAUGGCAGGAGGCUUGCUGGUGCUGGGUGUCACAUCUCCUCAGGAGGGUAGUCACAAUGUUCCCCUGCUUUUCCCUCAGACCUAGGCCAUGUUCAUUUAGUGGAAAAACCACCCCCGUCAAGAGUAAAUCCCCUCACUCACCUCCCCCGCGAGCCAUCCGCUCCUCCCUCACAGAUCUCAGGGAUCCUGGGUGUGCCGGGUCUGCCCUUCACAUCUGUGGCCUGUGUCCUAAGCCAGGGCCUUCACAGAGGCCUCCCGGGCUAGGCAUCUGGCCAAGAUAGGAACAGGGACUGACAUCUCCUAAGCGUCUACAAAUGUGUGAAGGACUGAGCUAAUCUCAUUUCUUCUUUACUGCAACAUGAUGAGGUAACACCUCAUUCCCACUUCUAUAGGAGGAAACUGAGGCACAGACUACAUAGGUAACUUUCCCAAGGUCCCACAGCCACACAUGUCAGGACCUAAACAUGAGUCCCGGAGCUCUGACUCAGGAACCCAUACGUCCCCCAGCCCCGUUGCCAUCUCAUGCCAGGUGCAGGCCUGAACAAUGAAAAAGCAGAUUUGAGAUGAAGCUGUGUGACCUCUGCCCUGAAGACCCGAGGUUGCUGCGAUUAGGGAAUUAACCCCUGGCUCUUGGUGAGCCCAGUGAUACGCGAAGUCAGGACAGAGAAGCAGCUUGUCCUAGCUCAGGUGACCAGCCCCUUAGGGCCCCGGAACCCUGUGUCCUUCAAGUUCUUCUCUCUCUUCGGCCUCGUUGUCUGAGUGCUGUUAGAAUAAGUGGGUGAGCCCCUCAGAUACCCCUUUCAGAGAGGCCAGCUGUGAGGCCCAAACAUCUGUGACCCAGAUGGCAGGGCUGAACUCCUAGUGGUAGACAAGUUGGCUGGGAUGUCAUGAGGGAAUCCUGCCUUUGCCAGGUGGCUUCUGGGCCAUGGUACCCCUGGGGCCUGAGUGGUCCUCGGUGUGCUAGGAUCUUGGAAGCUGCACAUUCACCUGCCUUUCCAUCCCUGGCCAGUACGACCUACCCCGCCUGUCCUCAGCCUGGGCCUCUGACAGCAGCAUCUCGGCCUUCUCCCUAGCUGCCCAGACCACAGGCUGGGUGAGUGCCUCCACGAAUCCCAAGAGCUGGAGACUGGGCUUCUUUCCAGGGCGUGUGCUGCUGGUUCUGGCUGGGACAGGCAGCCCACGAGGUCUCAUCUGGGGAGCAGACUGCCUGCAUCUGGGCUCUGGGCCUGAAGCACAAAGACCCGAGGCUCUUCUCUUUCCGUCAGAGAAAAGGCAGCUCUUCCGGGAAGAAAAAAGAAGCCCGAAUUUGCAUCUAAGCCUAGAGCUUGUGUCCGUUCUGGAGGCUCUGAUGUGUCUGCGGGCACUGGUCACCCAGCAAGUCUCAAGCUCCUUCCAGGAGAGGGAGGUGCAGGUUUGUGGGCGGCGAGUUCCUCUCACUUGGGCCAUAUUAGAAGUCAAAAUCACAAUUGUAUACUUUCCCCACCCCCUAGAGAAACAAGAUCUUUUUUGGGGUCAACAUUGUUUAUAAGAAUCUAGAACCUUUAUUAAUAGCUCCUGCUAGGACAGGAUAAAUCAAACAGAAUAAACAGCACUUCAGUGAAUCAAACUGAAGGAACAACUA